GUUAAUAUCUCUUAUAAUAAAGUUUUGCCGGUCUGAGGCAGUUAGCCACUACAAACUCUCUUUCUCACGUAGCAAUGCGCCUAAGUUAUGCUGGGUGGAGAUAAGCUUUCGGCCACAGGUCAGCUGCAAACAACACAUCUAGCUCACAUCUUAGGCACUAUACCACAAUACGUCAAGGAUUGCGCGCAGCAUCGUACAUAAAGUCAUACAAUCCAUCCUCAAUAGCCUGAUCAUCCACCAUCACAGCUACCUGAGUCAGAUUGCUUAUCUGGCUCAUAUCUUGACUAUGCCUGAUCAAACGGGUUUCCGGGUUAUUAUCGCUGGAGGCGGUGUCGCUGGUCUUACACUUGCCAAUGCGCUUGAGCAAGCUAGGAUCGAUUAUGUGCUGCUAGAGCGCCGAGACACGGUUGCUCCUCAAGUCGGUGCGUCUAUUGGCAUAGGUCCAAACGGCUGUCGUAUCCUCGAUCAACUCGGAAUUUAUAGUAAGCUAUUCAAAAGCACGGAGCCGCUUAUAUGGAUGGCACAACGUGACGAUCAAGGGCGCUUAGUCUGCCCGCGAACUGAUGUGUGUAGGCUCGGAUUGGCGAGGACGGGUUAUGACUUCUUAUGGGGAGAUCGCCAAAUACUUCUCCAAACCCUAUUUGAGAACAUCCAGGACAAGGGAAAAGUCUUGCUGAACAAGUACAUCGUGGAUAUUGAGCAUCAAUCACAUGGAGUCAUUGUAAGAUGUGAUGAUAAUUCUUCGUUUAGGGGAGAUAUUCUCGCCGGCGCAGACGGCGUCAGGAGCAGGGCCCGACAGGAGUUAUGGAAGCUGGCUAAACCGAUACAGCCAGAGCUUGUGAGGCAUGACGAGAACGCUAUGUUCGCUGAGUACCAGUGCCUCUUCGGCAUCGCGUCCGGUGUCCAGCUCCUCGAGGCAGGAGACUUUGAUAUUGGAUACAAUAACGGCAGAAGUACUCUCACGAUUGCCGGCAAGAACGGAAGAGUCUACUACUUCGUCUUCGAGAGACUGAAAGCGGUGUACCAAUUCAGAGACAUCCCACAUUACAGCCAGACAGAGGCGGAAAAAUUCGCCAUUCAACAUGGAGAUAUGUAUAUUCGACCUGACCUCAAGUUCUCAGACUUGUGGGAGAAGACUAUCUCAUUCCGGCUUGUUGCCUUGGAAGAAGCAAAGUUCAAAAUCUGGACUAGUGGACGAAUCGCCUGCCUGGGAGAUAGUAUUCACAAGAUGACUCCCAAUUUAGCAGCUGGGGGGAAUGCUGCGAUCGAAAGUGCGGCGGCGUUGGCUAAUUCGAUCAAGGCCAUGGUUGACGAACAUCGUGAAGUACCUCCACCAGAGAAUGAGGUUAAAAAAUGCCUUAAUGGAUAUCAGAACAGCCGAGAGAGGAGGGCCGCGUCUAUCGUUGAUAUUUCUGGUAAACUUGCACGUCUGCAAGUUCUUCAGGGAACGCUCGAGCGUGUCUUUUUUCGGCUCUUGUUACCUAGAUUGGGCGAUUUCCUACAGGACAUGGCGAGCAACAUGUUCAUCGGUGCUCCUAUGCUGGAAUAUCUUCCUCCGCCAAAAGCGUCUCUAGGUGGAACUAUGCCCUUCAAUCCAACCCAGGGUGAGGAUAAGAAGGAAAGCAAGAUUAAGAGGGCCCUAGUAGCAUUACCCAUGCUUGGCCUCUUUUAUCUUGCCAGAAGGGUAUUGGACGUCAACAAAGCAGUUCCGUGGCAAUUGCAGAUGCUUGAGACUGGCAGGAUAUCGGCAGAUACCGAUCCGGUUCCCAUCCAACAGGCUUUUUAUAACAUCAACUGGCUCGACACUUUAUGGGUACCAAUCAACAUGUUCUUCAUGCCAAUCGUAUCCGGACAUGAUACAGUAGCUCGAAAGCAGCUCGUGUCUUUCCUAACUGACUAUGGGGUCAUUAUCGCCAUAUGGGCUAUCGAGUCGAACCGCCGGAAUAAUGCUUUGACUCCGGCUCAAAUACCAUCUCUGUUUACCCUACUGGGCCAAGUCCGCGGAAUCGGUAUUCUAAGCCCCCUGUAUUACAUUUUGCAUUAUGUCAGCUCGCCUAUUGAAAACUUCAAAGCGACUGACAUGAGGCUCACCAGGAUGAACCACACCCUGGGUAUCCUGCCUGUAAUGAUUCUCACCUAUUACAUUCCAUUUUACGCGAUGAUGUUUUGGCCAACACCACUUGGUCGCCAAUCGUGGCUGUUCGUCUGGAAAAUGUUUCCUAUCUGGAUUGCCAUCACGACUUUUAUCCUUUCCAACGCCUUUUCUGAUACAAUGAUGCACGACAGGAUCAACGCCCCAAAGCGUGACUUGCCAGUAAUUCGCUUCACCAUCGGCACAUUAGUUGGUCUCUCCGCAUGUGUCUGGAUCUGGGCGUGGUCUACCGCCCCAUACGGUGGAGCGGCUAUUUUCUUCCCAAGCAUAUUGCCUCUUGCCACCUCCGAUUUAACAGCUUUUAUGCGAGAGUUCUUGAAAUUCGACGAGGCAUUCCUGUUUACAGCCACGUUCAUCUGGCUGGGCUGUCUCUUCUGGGAUAUGAAGCACGCUGGGAUGCUCCAGACAAACUGGCUCAAAAUUAGUACGUAUGCUACCUGCACAGUUGUCAUGUUCGGACCCGGGGCGGCAGCCGGAUUGGGAUGGCUUUGGAGGGAAGACAUAAUUACCAACAAGAGACACAAGGCAGCUGUUACAAAGGUUACUGCUACAAAGUGGAUUAAUGCUCAGUUGGCUCAUAAGGAAGGAAUCAGUCAGUCUAAAUAGUAAGGCUUCAUUAAAUACUGAGUGGGAAUAAGGAGAUAAGUAAAUAGGCGAAGAAUCCCACAG